AUGAAAAAAUGUGUUUUUCCUACACUGUUUGAGUGGAACCACUACCAGGAGCAGCCGCCGAGGUUGAGUGUUUGGGAACAUCAAGAGAGACCGCUGACCCCAGAUCCUAAUUUGGACGCAGAACAGGAAGAUAUAGACUUUGAUGUGGAGAGGACUGGGCAUGAUUAUUGUUCUGUUCCCGAAGCUGCAGCUGUGGACAUGGUUCUACAUGAAAACGAGGAGUUAAAAAGGGAGAUAGAAGAUGUACGGAAGCAGUUGGAGCAAACAAAGAUGAUACACCGCUUUGGUCUCAAUAGAUUUGCUGGGUCCAAUGAGGACAUUCGUUUUUAUACAAGAUUUGCAACAUACAACCACCUGAUGGCCUUCUGGGAACUGAUUGAACCGGCAACUCACAGGAUGAUUCGUGUCACCAACUCCAAAGUCUUCAAGGAGCCUGGAAACACUCGGGCACUUCCUGCAAUAGACGAGUUCUUCCUGUUCUUGAUGCAUCUUGCUUUAGGCCUCAAGCAAAUGGACCUUGGUCAUCGGUUUCAAGUACAUCAGACCACUGUAAACCGCAUCAUAACAACCUGGGCCAACUUCCUAUACUUUGUCCUGGGGUCAGUGUGCAUUUGGAUGCCAAAAGAGAAAGUACGAGCCCAUCUGCCAGAAGAAUUCCAUCAAUUUCGAGACACACAGGUUAUCCUGGAUUGUACAGAGAUCCGCUGCCAAACACCUUCCUCUUUGCUACUACAAAGUGAGGUCUUUUUAAAUUACAAGUCUCACUGCACCUUUAAAGCUUUAGUAGGAAUGGCACCUCAUGGUGAAAUAACAUUUGUUUCUGCACUGUAG